AUGUCUAUGAGAGAAAUUAAACUCUGUCUUCUUGGGGAUUCAGGGGUUGGCAAAUCAAGUCUUGUUCAACGAUUUGUUUCAGAUACUUUUAACACUCAUUCACAGCCCACAAUAGGAGCUUCUUUUAUGUCUAAAACAUUGGUUGUUGAUGACCAGUCUUAUAAAUUUCAAAUAUGGGACACAGCAGGGCAAGAAAAAUAUCGCGGUUUAGCUCCUAUGUAUUACAGGGGUGCUGCAGCAGCAAUCAUCGUCUAUGACAUCACAAGAGAGUCUUCCUUCUCUGCUGUUAAGAUGUGGGUCAGAGAACUAGAACAGUAUGGUCCUGGAGAUGUAGUGCUGGCCAUAGCCGGCAACAAAGCAGAUCUGGUUGACCAAAGAGAGGUUACUUAUGAUGAAGCCCAUAAAUAUGCAGACCAGAUUAAUGCCACGUUUGUGGAAACCAGUGCAAAAACUGCAGUCAACGUUACUCAGUUAUUUACAGCCAUUACAAGGAAACUUCCAGCUGAAAUUAUAGUUUCAACCCAUAAUACAGUAAGGCCGACCCGAGCACCGCAGAAAUCAGAAAAAAGCAAAUGUUGUCGAAGUUAG